AUGCAGCGGCUCCAUUGUGUUAAAUUUGUUUCUCCUCUACACGGCCAAUGUAGCGUAGACAGAGAAUUCACAACAGAGGCAAAAGGAGGAAAAGCAGCAGCAGCAGCAGCAGCGGCGACGACGACAGAUAACACACCGCCGCACACCUUCACGGGGCGGGUCGGGGCGUCUCUCUCCUUGCUGCAGCUGCAGCUGCACAAGCCGGGCGUCCGCACCUCCGCCCCCUCAUUUGCCGUCAGCGGCCACACAGCCGCCUUUUACAACACGCGAGCGCAGCAUGAAGAGGCGUUCCGCAUUACUGCAGACGAGCAGCAUUGUCACGCAUCACACAUGCGGGGGGAUGGAACAGCAGCCGCGCUUGCUUCCGGCUUUUCUGCCUUUCCCACCCCUGUGCCUCUUCCUGCCCCAACGGCCGCGCUUCCGUUUAGCCAUGGUGCCCAACCGGUGACCCCAGCGGUAUCGCAGCGUGCAAUCGCUGCCGCUGCCGCUGCCGCCGCCUCCACCGCGCCGCGACUCACCAGAACAGCGACAACAACACUUUCAGGCGCGCGCCCCUCCGGCACGAGUCAAGGGUCUGGAGAUUGCAUAAUGGCUCUCAUUGACAACCGCGCCAGUGAAGUUGGGGUGGCGCUGUGCCAGCUACCGUCGCUGGCGAUUAUCAUCACACAGUACGGCGACAGCGUGGCUUUUACCAAGACGCUGUCGUUCGUAUUCUCCCGCAACCCUGUCGAGGUGCUGGUGCCGGAAACCGUCGUGGACGGCAAGUUUGUGCAGACGCUGCUGCGCCACUUCCGCGAGAUCACUUUCACUGGGGUGCCGCGGCGGUCGUUCGACGAGGCGCAAGGCGCACACCGCCUGCUGGAGCUCAUGUCCACCGACGACGCCUGCCUGGAGGUCGGCAAUACAGACCGCUACCUCUGUGUGGCGGCCGCAAACGCCCUCAUUCAGUUCAUGGAACUGACGUAUAACUACACACUCCUCCCACACACCGUGCGUGUGCAGUACCUGACGCUGGAGAACUACAUGGAGGUGUCUAGGCUCUCCGCACGCGCUCUGCACCUCAUUGCGACGGGGCCGACGUCACGAGGCCACACGUUCAGUGCCCCACGCGGCGAUGCUUUGCGUGGCGGUGGGGGACGGGCGGCGCGCAAGACAUUCUUCCGUGCCGCGCGGGAGCAACCGCAAAGUGCGCCGCUGCUACCGCUUGUGGAGGCACUGAACCACACAAUGACCGGCGUGGGUCGGCGGCUACUUCGGUCCACGAUACUGCAGCCGCUGCGCGACCCAACAAGCAUUGAACUGCGUUAUGACAGUGUUGAGUGGCUGAGGAACAAAGAAGGAGCGGUGACGGCGCUGAGGCGAUGGCUGCAGUGCUUCGGUGGUGAUGACUUUGAACGUGCUCUCUCGAGCUUCUCACAUGAGGCAAAGGUGCAGACACUGAAGACUAUGCAGCAGCGCAUCGAAUCAGUUGUGGUGCUAUGGCAACGACUAGGCUCUGCUAUCCAACUGGCAGCCGCCCUGCGUGAAGUUCUGGGCGGCGACGACGACGGCGAUGCCAACAACAAUGACAACGAGGGUGCAAUGGAUAUGUCCGAGCAGAAAGAUCCCGGAUUCUAUCACAGUCGCAGCGGAGAUAACAGCGACGAUAAUGAUGCCGAUAAUGACCACGACGUCGACAAGGACAACAGCGGCAAUUAUGUCGGUGGCGACGAUGACGACAAGAACAGAUCCCCUGAAGCAUUUGAAUUGCGGCGCAAGAGACGAAGAUGCAGUGAAAAUGCGAGGAACAGCCCUCGAGGUCAACGGGAACGGAAGCGUCGCAUUUUCACUAAAACACACCACCAGCACAGCGCCACGACGCUUCUCCGCAAGCUGCUUGAGGCGCUGACGGUGUGCCGCAUGGACGAAAUCAGCGCCGAAAUUGGGGUGUACCUCGACGAGGGUAUCGUGCGGGCGACACGGAGCAAAGGGGCGCAGGCCGGAGGUGCGGCGGGGCAUCGGGUACGGCGGCCCGGCAGCGCCGUCCUGCAGGUGCAGCAGUGUUUUGCAGUCAAGCCAAACCUCUGUGGUACUCUCGAUGCGUCCCGCUACCAGUACAGCCAGGCCGUUGAGGCAAUGUUUGCUCACGCAGAAGAGCUGAAGCAGCGGCAUGGCGUGGGAUCUCUGCGAGUUGUGUACGACAUCGUGCGUGGGUAUCACUUGUCGUACGAUGCGCGCCAUGAGUGCAACGCCCCUGACUCCAUCUUUUUACAGAAAUACUCCGGUGGGAAUCACUACGCUUUGUACCACAGCAGCUGCAUGACAAUGAUAAGGGAGGGAGAGGAGAACGGUGGUGAAAUUUCCACCAACACGCCAGAAUGCGGUGACCAGGCGCAUGCUUUGGUCACUGAUAGCACAUAUCCUGUGGGUAAUGAGUUUUCUGCAGUGCGGAUGCAGCAGCAACAGCACCAGCCUUUUUCUUCCUCCCCGAUCGUCACCACCACGGCGAAUGACCAACAGGGUGAUGACAGGACGCAUCAUCUUACAAAGCAUCAGUUGCGUGGUAAGAGGGUCACAUGCACAACAAAGGAGUUGCUCGUCCUUCGCCGUACCGCCGAUGAGGCGGUGGCGGAGAUCCUUCACACACAGGAUGGCCUUGUGCGAUUUUUGAUUGAGUACCUUCGACAGCGUCUAGGGAAACUGCAGGUAGUGUGCGAUGCGGUUGCUAUGCUCGACCUCUUGGUGGCUUUCGCCACGUAUUCGCGGCUGAACGCCUGCACACGACCCACGCUGCUGAAACCGGACAGACCGUUAGGGGGAUGCAGCGGCACCUACUUCGUGGAGGCGCGGCACCCCGGCGGGUUGGCGACGGCGAAUACCAUUCGCUGGGACGGCAACACCAAUGUGCUUCUAAUCACAGGACCGAAUGCUGCAGGGAAGACAACACUCCUUCGACAGCUUGGGCAGAUGUUUGCCCUCGCGCAGAGUGGAUGCCUUGUCCCGGCGAGGGCCGUCGCACUGCAGCCAUGCGACCGCCUUAUCGCCCACAUGCUGUGCGACGAUCUCGAGGACACUACUACCUCGUCCUUUGGGAAGGAGAUGCGUGAGCUGUCGUACUUAUGCCUCCACGCCACGCGAGAGAGCGUGGUGUUAGUAGAUGAACUCGGGCGGCGCACGGCAGUGCGUGAGGGAACUGCGAUUGCAUGGGCGACAGUAGAGUUUCUCGUGGAGACACGGUGCCGCACUGUCUUUGUGACACACUUCAGCCGCCUGACACGACUGGAAGGCCUUUCCGCAGGUAGCGUGAAGAACUACCACCUUGCAGUGAGCACAGGGGAUGAGAAGAAUUCAAAUGAGAUGGCAGGAGGAGCAGGGUCGGUGGCGACGAGAGCGUCGGUCAAGACAACAAGCAAGUCGACGUGCGCUCUCCGCUUCGAAUACCGGCUGCUACCAGGCCCCUCCGAGGUGGAUCACUACGGGCUGCGUCUCGCCGAGCGUGUAGGCUUCUUUGCUCCAGCACUCGCUCUUGCGAAGGAGCUGCUGCCGUUGAUGGGUGCGAUCGGGGAGGUGAGACAUGGCGGCAGCACCGACGACACCACCGCUCCUGGAUAUAAUGGAGGGCGCGAUGACGAGCAGUCGACUACUGCCGUUGACUGCAAUUGCAGCAGCACUAGCAGCAGGAAUAGUAGUCGCGUGAAACAAGAGAAUAAGAGUGAUAGCGAUACUCUCAAUACUGCACCGCGACUUUCUGGCACUUAUUGUGUUUCCACCAUUUCAGGGGAGAGUGAGGAGCCAGUGAGCUCCGACUCUCUGCGAAGGUAUUCUCAGGCAUUGUAA